GCUUGUCCCUGAUGCCGUCGUCGUCGUGGAGCGCGAGCGCCAUGGCGCACAGGCGCAUCCGGUCAGCCUCGGCCAUCCCCGGAGCUCGGUCACUGUGUAGCGGCCGACAUGAGCAGCAGCAUGGAACAGCCCCCGCCUCCUCCACAUAAGAGCAUCUCCAGCCGGCAUCUUCCUGAUCUCAUGGAGCAAAGGUCUUCCGGAUCUCAUGGAGGCACCUCCGGCGGCGUGCGCCCUCCACUGCCAACGGCGGGUACCCCGGCGAAGACCCGUCGUCGAACCUUCGUCGCGCCAGCUUCACUCCCUACUGUCAAUCCUUCCAACUCCGGCCUUCCUCGUCACCAAGAAGUGCCCAACUCCGGCUUUCCUCGUCGCCAAGAAAUGCCCAACUCCGGCCUUCCUCCUCGCCGCCACGAACUGCUCUAUCCUGGUGGUGCUCCUCGACACAACCCUCUCACGGCGACAUUCACAGAACCUGCUUCACCACCACCCGGUUCCACCACCUGCUGGGACACCCGCAGCACGUCAUCAUCCCCAUUGAUGGAAUACGAUGCCGCCGGCACCUCGGAGCCGAUUUUGGUUCGACACUGGACUGCUCGGCACAUGUAUGUAUAUUAUCAUUGCGGACGCUCUAAUGCUAAUUUGAUAGCUUUGGUUAGUUGAGCUAUGAGAACUGGGAAAAUAGAUUUGAUCACUUGUUUUAGAUCUGCGUUAGCUACCUUAGCAACAUGAUUGGAAAUUGUUUAUGAUAACUGGGAAAGCGUGUCUGAAAAACAGCACAUAUAUAAGUUAUUGCUGUUACUGUUGCUGUAUAUCUUUCAGUUCAAGGAUUGGGUUGUCUUGCCUUCACCUGCUGAAUUACGGGCUAUUAAUCAGCUAAUGUUUCCAGGCAAGUAUUGCCUUAGUGCAAAAAAUAAAGAAAAGAGAACAAAACCAAUUAGUCUGACUUUGUGAUCAAGUUUUGCCAUGAUGUGGUGAGUAACUGUAUGCUGUCGACUGAGCACUUAAUCUUUGCAGAUUCAGUGCUAUCAUCACCAUCUAGUGAGUAACUGGUCCAAGGUUUGUUUUCAACCUGCACUCCAAGAAAAUAAGCAAUAGCAUUGUAGUUCAUUAAAUAAUCAGUGCAUUGCUUAGUACUAGUGUCUACUGGUCCUAUAUCUUCUGUAACCAUUGCUGUUGCCCUAAUUUUCCUGACUAUAUCUCUAUACUCUUGUGAGCUAUGGCUUGUCAUAGACUGCUAAAUAUGACUCCGACUAAUUGUAUUCGGUUCCUCUUCAUUCACCUCAAAAUAUAAUCCUCAGUUCCUGACUAGUAUUUCGAGCAAAAGGAAAAAAUUACCAGUAAUAAAAAUGAAACUUGGUGUAGUUCGUCACUGAACUGCACAUUGUGGCAAGAAUUACUAUGUUUAGAACUGCAUUCUGUUUUGGAAAUUGUGAGUCUCCAGCAUGUACCUUGGAACUGUUAAAUAACUAUACCAUUGCUAGCUUUAUCAAAUUACAGUGUUGUGGAAGUUUAUCAAAUUUCACUUGGCAGAUGCUUAAAGCAGGAGUACUUGUAUUCAGAUUUUUAUUACAUGUCUCUUGUGGUUUGCAGGAUCCAAGGGGCUCAAAUUCACAUUACUACGCAGAUCUGAUGACCAAGGAUGUGGAUGAUGAUUUGGAACUUUCGAUGAAGCCAGAUGCCACUCCAAGUAGUGGUGGGAAAGGAGCAUCCAAGUGGGGCAGCAACUACAGUCAAGAAGAAGAUAUCCAACUUUGCAAGUCUUGGAUCAGUAUCAGCAAUAACGUUAUCGUAGGGACAAACCAGUCAGGCAAAACGUACUGGGAGAGGAUCACCGCACAUUUCCACAACUUCAGGGGCUUCCACUCUGAUCGGACUACUAAUUCUCUCGAGCAUCGAUGCGGGGUCAUAAUAAAGGAGUGCAUGAGAUUCCAAGCGUACUAUGAGGAAGUUGAGCGGCGUCACCCAAGCGGCGUGCCAUAUCAAGAACUUAUCUUGGAAGCACAAGCAAGAUAUGCCAAAGCUUCGCAGGGAAAAAGCUUCACAUUCUUCCAUUGCUGGCUCGAGGUGAGACAUACAGAAAAGUUCGCAAAAUUUAACAAGAGGCCAAGUAAGUCAAAAGAGAUCAACCUCUCGGUAGGAACUCAACAAGGUGACGGAACCCAAUCUCCUGCGAAGAAAGCCCGACCUCCGGGACAAAAGCAGUCCAAGGUGAAGCUGAAAAGAAAUGAAGGAGGUGACGAGUACAAGGAUAUGAUGGGGAACCUGAUGGCAAUGAAGGCCGAGGAAGUGAAGUUGAAGAAGGAAAGGUGGGAAAAGGAUCUGAUGAUCGAACAGCGCAAGCUAGACAUCGAGGAGCGGCGUCUACAAUGGGAGCAAGAGCAGAAGAUCAUGUUCUGUGACAUGAGCAACAUGGACGAGCAUCAAAAAGCUUACAUGUUGGCCAAUAGAGCUCAGUUCGCUAAGGCAGCGAGUGCUAGUGUAGGUGACACUGCUAGUGUAGGUGAUGCUACUAGUGCUUGAGUCAAGGUGUAGGUGUCAUACUAGUGCUUGAGCAUCAAAAAAUGCUAUCAGCAUGGUUGAUUUGAGUAUCUGUUCAUAUCUUGUCUUUCAGGUUGGAGCAAUCAGCUCUCAGAAGCUGAAAAGAAAAGAAAUAAAGCACAUUGACAUCGUUGAGAGAA